AGUUAAUUUGGAUCUGUCAUUCAUAAAUCCAUGAUAUGCAUCCUUCCAAAAAACCACAUGUGUGUGUGUGUGUGUGUGUAUAUAGACAAAUGUGUAUGAGCUCAUUUUUGUUAUCUCUCACACGAAACGCCACGCCAGCUAGCUUCACACACAUAUGUGUGUGUAUCGAUUGUCAUACAGGUAGAUAGAUAGAAUUCAAUGGUGGUGAUCUCACCUUUAAUUUGGCCUCUUCUCCAUCAUCCUAGCUCCAAACUGUUUAUUACAUAUUACUGACGACACGAUCGAUGAGAUCGUCGGUCGAUGCAUCAAGAUCAAACCUCAAGCUCAAUAAGCUCUCCUCAUCAACUCCAUCUAGCUAGAGAUCCAUCUCAUAUAUCUCAUAUGGCCGGGGAAAUUGGCAAGGUGAUGGGCAACGAUCAUGGGAGCUCGGAAGAAGGAAGCAACGACGACGAUAGCACGGUGGAGGAGGAAGACCACCGGAAGACCAACGGCGACUCGUCGGUGCGCCCCUAUGUCCGGUCCAAGAACCCGCGACUCCGGUGGACGCCGGAGCUCCACCACUGCUUCCUGCGCGCCGUCGAAAGGCUCGGCGGACAAGACCAUGCAACCCCUAAGCUUGUUCUUCAGUUGAUGAACGUGAGAGGGCUUAGCAUCGGCCAUGUCAAGAGCCAUCUCCAGAUGUACAGGAGCAAGAAGAUUGAGGACUCGGGCCAGGUCAUCCUAGGAGGUCACUUGCAACAAGGGGGACAAACCUACAAUGUCGCUCAUCAUGUUCCUUACCAUCAUCGCCAGAGUACUAGUGCCGGUACCAUGCUCUCAAAGUUUGGCACUGCCGCUCCAUGGAGGAUGAGCAACCAUGAACCAUUCUGGCUCCCCGGCCACCGUUUCCUUGGAUCAAGACCCUACUAUUACCCAUCAUCACUGUCAUCUUCGCCAUCAUCUCAUCAUGCCGAGGCUCUCCUUCGAACCCGUGCUCAUGAACAUGUAGCUAGAUCAGGAAUAUCUGCAUCCAUGAUGAUUACCCAAGGAUCUUGUUCAUCAGUAAAUGAUCAGUACCAUGAAAGAAAGCUGCAAGCUGCAAUGUCAACGACGGUGCGCAUUAGCGAUGAUCGUAGUAGCCAUGGCGCUGAUCUUGAUCUCAGUCUCUCGCUCGAUAUUGGUGGGACACGGCGAGAGAUGAAGAGGAGGAGAGGGUGCAUCAGCUGGGGAAAAGAAGACGAUGAUCAGAUGGGUGACGGCAAUGAAGAAAAAUUAGAUCAGAGCACUGCUAAUAUGCUGUCUCUAUCUCUGGUCUCUCCUAGUAGUGCUACUAGUGAUCAGCAUAUGCCAGGUCUAGAAGUGAUCGGUGUGGGUAAGAGAGGGAAUAAGGAGAGAAAUAUUGGAAGGAAGGAAAGUAGUCUUGAUCUCACCAUAUGAUAUGAUCAGUUGCACCUUUGGUGAUAUUUCGUGGUACUUAUUCAUAAAUUAUACACAUAUGUAGAGCAGCUAGCAGAGGAGAUAUGUACCUAUAUAUGCACAAUAUACAAUACACAUAUUAAUUGAAGACUCAUUGUAUA